UGUAAUUUUUGCUUCCAUUCGUAGCCAGGAGAAGAACGGUUUUGUUUCUUUUGGGUAGUAGCCUCUUGGGAGCUGUUGUGUUAGCCAUGGGUGUGCCCUUUGACUCUUGGCCUGCGUCUUGUGUUUUCUUCUGGCUUUGGCUAGCCUUGCUUCUGAAUAGCCAUGAAGCUGUGUUCCAAAAGGAGGACAACCAGGAAAACAAUUUGCCAGAGGCCAGUGGUUCCCAAGAUGACAUUCUUGACAUUAACCAAGCAUUGAUCCCUCUGGAGGCUCCAGAAAGCAGCUUCCUGCUUGAAGGGGACAUUAUCAAGGCACGUCCAUUCCGGCUCUUCUCCUCUGCCAACCCAAGAUGGCCAAAGAAGGGGGGGAUUGUCCAGAUUCCUUAUGUUAUCUCUCACAAAUAUGAUAAACCCAGUGUAAGGAUAAUCCAGGAAGCUUUUGAAGACUUUGCCAAGUUCACCUGCAUCAAGUUCAUCCCGUAUUCCUACCAGAGGGACUUCGUCUCUAUUGUUCCUCUCUCUGGCUGCUUCUCCAGUGUUGGCCGCAUUGGUGGGAUGCAGGUGGUGUCCUUGGCUCCUGCUUGCCUCAGGAGGGGGAAGGGAGUGGCUCUGCAUGAGUUCAUGCACAUCUUGGGCUUCUGGCAUGAGCACUCUAGAGCAGACAGAGAUAAAUAUAUCACCAUCUCCUGGAAUGAAAUUCUGACAGGCUUUGAAAUAAACUUCAUGAAGUCUUGGAAUACCAACAUGCUAGUUGACUAUGACUACUCAUCCGUCAUGCAUUAUGGCAGGAAUGCCUUCAGCAGAAUUGGCCUGCCUACCAUUACACCACUCUCCAGUUCUCAUGCCUUCCUCGGUCAGCGGUGGAACUUAAGCAGUUCAGAUAUUGCCAGAGUCAACAAGCUCUACAAGUGUUCUCAGGUGGCCCUGCAGCCAGAAACUUCAACGGAGAAAAUUCUGCAGGAGAAGAUAAAGGACUUCAUUCCACAUGAACCAGAACCCUGUUCAACUGUGAGCCAAAUCAAACUCUCCAGUGCUCAGAGUCUUGGAUCAAUCACUGAGGCCACAGAAAUGGCCCAUCCUGCUAGAGAGACUCUUCAGAAGCCAGAAGACCAAACUAAAGUGGACAUUGACCUGAUGUUGAAUAAGCCUACUGGGAAAGGCUCUGAUGCUACAGGAACCCCAACAACAAAAAUUCCAUUGGCAGCUAUAUUGACCCAAGAGAGGCAUGGCCAAACUCAAGAGGCUGCCAGCAAACUGGAGUACCUAACUGUGGCUCAGGAAGUGCCACCUGAAACCCAGCCCACAGAAACAGAACUUCAGGUAGAUCAAAAGAGCACCCUGUGGCAAGCUCUGGAGAAACCAACCAGUAGUGCAAAGGAGCUAAAAACCAAGGCUUCAGACUUUGAAGGGGCCUACUCAGCAAGUCAGCAAAAGACCACUGAAGCCAUGUCACGAACUGCUCCUCAAGUGAAACAUUCCACUUCCUUUGGGAUCAGAAGUCCACCUUCACUUCUAAAUGAAAUUGUCCAGAUAAUGGCUACAAGGCCUAGUGAGAAAGCUCUGUACUGGCCCCUUCCUAGCAAAAGAGCCACACAUGCUGAAUAUGCAACAGAAACUUCUACUAUAGAGACAAGAGGUCUUCCGAUAAUGCAGAGCAGUGAGUCUGAAGAUAUAAAUGGCCCUCUGCACUCAACUGAGGGAUACCCAUUUACUAUGAUGGAGAAUCAAUCAGAGGAGUCAGCCCAGCAAUCAGUCAGCAGCUCUGAAAAUGAACUUGGCAAUUUCACAGAUGUGCCCCUGAUGGAGGGUGUUCAGGCUAAAGCAACAAUCUCUGUGCAUGCAACAACAUCUCCAAGAGCUGAGAACUCAGCUGCUGCUUCACAUGCUGCUAGAGUGGAAGCAACCAUAAGCAGUGAUGCAAGGAGCCAAGCAUCUUUUACCACUGGCAUCCUCAGUGGAACAGCAGAGGAGGAAGUUGGAAGCUCCUACAGAACGAAGGAGAGGAGACCGGUAUACAUCCAGCACUCCAGCACCAGAAGAAGUUCUCUAACAAGUGAUUUUGAACAAAUGCCUUAUACUGAGGAAACGCUAGCCCUUGGAAGUCCUGAAGUUCAAGACAAUCACCUUGGUCAAAUUGGUGCUACUGCUACAGCCACCUCCUCUUGGGCCCCAAUCACAAGCCAUUUUGCUGCUUCAAGAAGGAAGGAGGUAAGUCUGUCUCCAAGUGGUCCUACGGUGCCUUCUGAGGAAAUGGGGUGGUCUUCUCUGCCACCUGGUAGUCUGACAAGAGAGGGUGGAAGGGAAGAGAAUGUCACGCCUUCAGGCUUUCUCUUUGAGACUGAAUGGAUACAAGCUACUGAAAUGCCAAUGAAAUCUGGCCAAGCUCCAACCAAAAUCAAUUCAUAUUCCUUUACAGAACCAACUUCACUAGCAAUGGAAACCAACCAGGUCAUACUUCCCACAGAGAGAACCGCUCUACUAAGGUCUUCUUGGUCUCAAGAUCCUGGACUACCUGAACCGAGAGAAAGUUUAAUAUUGCAGCCAAGGAGCACUGCAAAAUAUAGCCUUAGAGCUCUUGUUGGAAGUCUGGCUACACCUACAGGCAUACAAGCUGAAGAAGCACAAGCAAAGCAAACCAUAGAAACAGUGUUUGCUACAGCCAUGCAGAGCAUGUCUGUAGAACCAAAGGUUACUGUGAGCCAGAGGGAAGAAACUGAAAGCAAAAUCCCAGCUGGAACUGAAGAAACUGAAGCCCAUGGAAAGGAAUCUAUGCAGGGAGCAUUGACCAGUGAGUCAGUGCAGAGCCAAAUGCCAUCCAACACUCAGGCUGGUUGGGCAGAGACCCCACAGUCACAUACUGACUUCUCGCUAGUAACUGGCAUUACUGGAGCACAGAAUGGGGAUACACAAGCCAGACUAAAGAGAGCAACGUCUCCAAAACAAGAAAUGAUGGUUUCUUCAUCUGGAGCAAAAUUUUCUGGCAUGGAACUUAAAACUAAGGGAUUGUCAUUCCUAGACAGACAGUUCAAACUGGGGUCUACUAGCCAGCCAAGUCCAGGAACAGAAAUCAAAGAACCUAGCUCCAUCUUGGAAGGGAUAUUUCUGCCUGUGCAUGAAACCAGAACUGAUCUCAGUGGGUCCAAAAACCCGACCAAGAGUACUGGAUUUGGUAAUUCUGUGGAAGACCUUAAAGAAACAACUUCAUCUGCAAUGAGUAAGCAGGAGUAUACAGUGCCGUAUAAGAGGAAGAUUUCAGAGAUCACAAUAACGAAUGAAGAAACUUCUGGAGUUUCUGCUAUUGGUUCUUCCAGUUUUUCUACCACUUUGGCUCUUGGUAACCAAACUUUGAAGUACACAGAAGAACAAACAAAGCCCCCUCCACUGUGGAAUAUGCAAUCUACAGGGAGUCCUGAGAGCUUAUCUCCACAAUUCCUGAGUAAAUUCUCUUCUAAGCCUAGAGAAAUGAGCCCCUUUGCAGAAGAGGAACCUAUUAAUUUAGUAAAUGCCACUGAAGAGAUGCUUUUGGGGGUGAAAUGGGCCACAGCUGAUGCUGAGAAAGACUUAGUCCAAAGGACCACUGUCCCUCCAUUAGAUAAGCAGUCAACAGCAAUGACUCAAGCUACCAUUAAAGGGACAACUCUACCAUUGACCACUGACUUGCUGCAGUCUCCCAAGAUUGUAACCUAUGGAGGGGAAACUGCUGCUAUCAGCUCUAUAAAGAAAACUCCACCAUCUACAGUAGGUAUUACAACUGCAUCCACGGUAUACUCAGCCACUGCUGUUCCUGUACAGACUCUGGAAAUCCAAGCAAGUAUACCAGUUGAGACAAGAGACCACACAAGCAGAGCUACCAAGAAAAGUGAGGAAGCUGGCUUGGAGACUUACACUGGCACUGAAAUCUAUAGGAUGCCUUCUACUAGAGCUUCCUCCCUGGGGCUUCAUGAAGGACAUGCUAUAAGUACUGCUGAGUCAAAAGUGAUAGGAAUCCCACAAGUCUCACAAGAACCUGAAAUUACCUGGCCAACAUAUAAAACUGCAGAAGGGAGACAGACCAAGGCCUUCCUGGAGAAAGGGAAGAGUGGAGUAUCUGUAUUACGGGAAAAGAUCACUGCAGUGACUUUAGGCUUGGGAUCAGAGACAACGGCACAAAAUGGUGGUGAUAUUAUAGCAACUAUCACUCCAGCUGCUAAACUUACUUCUCAGUCUGGUUACACACAAUUCAGUCCUUCUUUCAUGGAAGAACCCACCAUUAUCCAUGGAAAGAAAGUGGCAAUGAAUAUCUCAGUUGGUCCUACCAGAAAACUGGUCUUGGAGAUGAUGGGAAGCCCCAACCCAGGUGACAGAAGAACAACAGAAAUGGCACUUUCUGUUCCUGAGAGACAGAACAAUUUGGACAGUGAGAAGACCAAGACAACCCUUCAUUUGGAGAUAAGCUCCAAAGGAAUGUAUCUGACAGAUAUGGAGUCCACUGAAGGCAUUACUGCUACCACAGGAGUCUCACUGGUGGAUUCCCAAACUCUCAGCCCAAAUGAAGUUAGAAUUCAGUUGAAGUACCAUAGGCCACAUGGAAGCCAAGGUCCAAAUAGGGAAAAUGGCUACAAUGGGCUGUUUCCAAUCAAAGGGAGUCCUUUAGUGACAGGCAAUGGGGAGCUACUUGGUCCCUCUGCAGAAGCAUCAAUGCCAGCCUCAGCGACCCACACGGCAUUGAGACAGGAAGAAAUUAUCCAAACGAAGGCAGUAGUACCAGAGCAGAAAACCCGCUCUUCUGUAGACAACCCAACUGCUGACCACCAGCUUGAUUAGAAGUCUUUGCUAGAGAGAAAACAGCAAAGUAGUGAUGGCAGCAUUCCCGCAUGACAGUGGCCCUGAGGAUGAAUUGCCAGCCUGAAAUACUGGGCUCCUAAAUCCCAGGGACGUGGAGGGGAAAUAAAAAAGAAGCCUUCUGAAAGGAACAUGUGCUCCAUAAUAGAUUGAUGACCUCCUUAUUGGUACAAAUGAGCAAAAUAAACUUUAAGUAUUCCCUUUCA